GAGAGAGAGAGAGAGAGGGAGAAAGGGAGGGACUACUCCUGAGACAGGACGGUGACGUGCUGUAUGGUUCAAUUUUCACAUGACUCAAACACUUCCAGGCAACUCUGACAAGGUGUACUCUUGGUCUGAGGAGUGGAACUAUACUUACAGUGGAUUACUAAACACAGCCAUAACCAAAGGCCAAACCCAUCAACCAGCUAUUCUCUAACAGUUUGUCUCGAUUCACUGCCUCCCAUGCCAGUGUGCAGUUUCAGCCAGGAUAUCAUCAAUCAAGUUGAUUUUCCAGCCUUAAGUCAUGAUGAGGACAAAGACGCUGGGCUUGUUUAACAAGGCUGUCAUGUUGCUUCUGCAGAAAGAUGUUUGGAGAAAAAUGCUGUAGGACUUAAAUCUUUCGGUGUGUCCCCAGGCAAAAUGUUUCUUCCUGGACAGUCCAUUUGGUGCAUUUUACUGACUCUACGCAUGUCAGUCUGUGGUUUGGAGAUUUCUGGAUAUGAAGUCAUUUGCUCACAGGGUCUCUCUUAUUGCACCAUGAGCAAGGGGAAUAUUCUUGUAGUAGAGGACAACAAUGCUGUGUAUGUUCAAAACCUGACUCCAUCUAUCGAGCUCUGCUGCAGAGACAGUGCGCUGUGUACAUUAUGUCUGGUGAUAGACAUAGAGAUAAACAUCCAUCAGGAUGAAGUCAUUGAGGAUGAAGGCCACUCUGGGUAUGAGGAAGAGGAUUAUAGCAGGGAGACUGAGAGGAAUUCAAAUGCGUCUGUGACAGUGUGUUACAAUGCAGUGGAACAGAUCAUGUCUACGUGCAAGAAGGUGGAGUUUACGGUUAAUCAUACAGCUCUUACUCAGCAAAACCAGGCAAAGAUUUCCAUGAGCAUUACUAAGCCAGCUGGGGUUUCCUUUGGCAGCCAUGUGGUUGUUUUUUCUUCUGCACCACCAACGCCAUCACGACAAGUUGUGCUACAAGCUCCUUCUCUAGAUAAAGUUUGCUCCCAGGAGUGGAAGGAACAUGUAGAAGAUUGUCAUGUGCCCGGUCUCAGCUGUGUAAUUAACCAAAAGAUGAAUUGGGUGGAGCUGCAGUUUGGCAGGAAUAAAAGCCUCCCUUCUGUGUGUGUCCAGUAUGAGAAGAAUGGUAUAUGUCAGAUAUGGAAUAAGAUGACCAUCCCUCUGCCUUCUGUGACCCCCUGCAUGUGUCUUCAGGUAUGGGAUGAGGACGAUCAGAGGUCUGUGCGCACUCAAAGCUGCCCCUUCAUUAAUAACACAGAUUUUCUCCAAAGGAGCGUAUGGCAGAAUGUGUCAGUGUUUGUAAGCCAGGGUCAAAUGAACAACUACCACACAAUGCUGUCAUGGAAUCUGUCUGCCCCCUGCAGGCUGGAGGGUGAAGUGUGGCCCUGCCAGAAAGAGAACAGCAGCUGCUGCAGAGAAAUUAAGGGCUUUAGACAACAGCUGGAAAAUGGCACAUGGAGACAAAACAGCAAGGGGCAGUGGGAGACAAUAAGGGUGUUUGAAGACAUCCACGUUCAGCUCUCAACAUGUGUGAUGGUGGAAGUAAAGGGAAUGGGACAUGAGCUGGGUCCAUUCUGUUUAAAAAAUAGCCUACUUCCAGCCGACAGGUCGCGCUGGAUUCUCUUGGUUGCUGGUGUAAUGCUGCUGGUUUGCUUGACUGUGCUCAUAUUUUAUCUCCUUCAUGACUUUGUCAAGAAAUGGGCGUGGAGCUGGCAUCAUGGCGGAUUUGUAAAGAUUGGCAGAAAGGGUCAUAUGGUGGUGUUGCUGAGCCCCCCAGAUGUGGAUGAUGGUGUUUCGGAGUCAGUAUGUCAGCUUGGCUCCCAGCUCUUUAACCAGGGCUUCAGUGUGUCUGUGGAUCAGUGGAGCAGGAAGGAGCAGUGCACUAUGGGGCCUCUGCCAUGGCUGCACUCCCAGCUGCUGGAGCUGAAAAGCCUGGGCGGCCGAGUUGUGCUCGUCUUGACCCGCAAAGCCUUGGAGAGAGCAGAGGAAUGGACCCAUAGGAACGAAGAAGUUAUCAAGAUGAAGGGAGACAAGGGUCUCCCUCAGAUAUGUUCCCCUUACUCUGAUGUGUUCACAGCCUCCCUAUUCCUCAUUUAUGCGGACAAGCAGCUGGGCAGAGAUGGAGAACGUUUUCUUCUGGUGAAAUUUGACUCCCAUCCAAGCAUUGACAGGAGACUACCGGAGCUUCUUCAGGGGCUGCCCCUGUUCCAGCUUCCCUCUCAGAUCCAGGCUCUGUUGUCUGAGCUCACUAUGGGAUGGACAGGGAAGCGAUCAAGUAGAAGGACAUGGACAAGGUGGAAAUGGAGUGCAAAGACCAAAGAGGGACAAGACCAGCAGAAGACAUCACACUGCAAAUAUGUUGACACUAAGAAAAACUUGGAGACAUACCUUUGAAGUUCCCAUAAAUUAUUUGUUCUGCUCUGUGCAUAUGAAAGACAUGUUCAUCCAAAUUGUGGAUGAGAUAAACAUAGGUCACUAAAGGCUGGCUGGCAAUGAUCUAUAUUGUUGUUAUGGUCAAGAAAUGCCAUGAAAUAACCAACAACAAUACGUCCAUUCCUCACUACUUUUUUCGACUACACUUCUCUGUCUGGAGUUGCCAGAACCCAAACCUGUUUAUUUUUACUUAAUUUCCUAACAAACGGCUGGACACUGCAGUUUUUAGCAAACGUUACUCAAAUAGGAGUAAUUUGUAAGGGACUAUUUUCAGCUGCAGAUUUGAUGUGUUAGUGAACAGCUUGGCAGCAGGAGGAGUUUGUCGGACUGGCUCAAAUGUUCAUUGUUAUGAAGGAAAAUGUCACAAAGUGCAACAGUGGCUUUAAAUGGCUUUAGUGGUUUUUGGACAAUAACGGUGGUCUAUGGCACAGAGGAAUAAGUUAUAUAAGGCUUUGGCUACACAGACUACUUUUUUCAAGAUUAAAUCAUUGUUUGUCAUUGUCUUCUCAUGGAAUUUGUUGAGUGUAAGAAAAAUAUAGAAUAUGACCAGACUUAUCUUUUAAGCUUUAAAAUGUUUAACCUAAAAUCUUACAGACUAAUUAUAUCCAUGUACCGUAAGUCUGUCAACACUUGUCUAUAAAUAAAUGUGCUUAUUUUUGUGC